AGUGGUGUAUUUAGUUCAAAUUGAAUGUCAGGUGAAAAAAGUUGAUAGCAUAUGUGGCAUUAAGUGGGACGAUGUAAAUGGUGAAUGAUAUUAUUGUUUAUUGUUUAGUGUGAUAUAAUUUAUCAAGUGUUUAUUUACAAAUUCAAGGCUGAUUUACAUUCAUUCUCAUACAAGUUUUUAUUCAAUUUCCAAAAUGUGUUCUUCGACUGUCAGCUUAUUUUUGGAAAAAUAAAAACGCCUAAAAAAUGCAUGAACUGUUCACGCAAGUUUUGGGGAAGCGAGAUCUGUCUAGAGCUGGUGAUUUAUUUUCUGUGGCAGAUAAUGUCAUUGUAGAUGACCUAACAGAAGUGUUGAAUGAGAUUACCCAAAUAGCCUCUCAACCAGACUAUGGAAGGAACUCGAAUGACCAGUCUGUGGUGGAAAUCUGUGUUACUCGAGUCACAAGUUGUAUCAGAGAGACUGAUAGUGCUGAAAGGCAUUGCCAGGCUUUGGUAGCUCUUUUAGAAUCAUGUUUACAUCACAGUCUACGACCUGGUGCAAAGGACCAGGACCCCCCACAUGCCAAGAUUGCAGCUGAUGUUAUAGCCAGUGUAUUUUUGAAUUAUAGCAAGAGGGCUGUGAUGGAAGUAGCUUUGCCUGUAACCGUGAAAUUUUUGCAUAAAGGAAACAAAGAGUUGUCCAGAAAUUUAGCCAGAUAUUUAUCAUUGGCUGCUAUUGAACAUGCUUCUUUGCUUUCACCACAUGUCCAGCCUGUUUUGGAUUCAAUAAUAUCAGGAAACUAUCCCUUAUGCAGAGUGCUAGCUCAGAUUUAUCAAGUGUCACCUGAGCCUUUGGGUAAUCACACAAUGGCAUUAGUUGCUUUACUACCGCACUGUGACGUCCAAGAACAAUUGCAUUUGCUUCAUUUGUUUUCCCUGAUUGCCAAAAAUAAACCUAUGCUUCUGGAGGCAAGUGUGCCCCAACUCUGUGAGUACCUAUCUCCUCCGGCAACCUCAGCAGCCACAAUGCAAGUCUUAGCUGGUUUGGCAGAGCGUAGACCAUCCCUGCUCGCUGAUCAUGUUGCAGGAGUCAGGGCUGCUGCAGCAAAGAACCCCGGAGCAGUAUGUUUGGCAGCCAGGAUAAUUGCUGCUGUUGGAAAACUAAGCAAGGAUAAAGCUCAAGAGGCUUUAAAUUUUGUGUUGGAGCAUUUGCCAAAAGCUGACAGAGGUUCACAGACAACAUUGCUGCGAGAGGCUACCUUGUUAUGUUCAAGUUAUCCAGUUUUGUUUACGGAUAAAAUGUUGUCAAGUGUUCGGCAGAGAAAUAUGAAUAAUAAUAAUAUUAACAAUAAUAAUGUUACAAGUAUUAACGGUGUUAACAAUAAUAGAAGCACUAAUCAGGUGAAUCACACUUCUGGAGGUGUAACUAUUGUUAAACUAACUGGCCAAACUGGUCAAACUAAUCAGGUUGCUGUCAAUCCUGGAUAUACAAGGCGAGCUAAGUUGGGGGAUUCUAGAAGUACUGGCCGAUUACAUUCAGGUAACAAUACACAUAGGAGUGCUACUCGUCUAAAUAACAUGUCUUCAGGAGCUGGUGGCUCUGUUGGAGGACUACACAGCUCAGUAUCGUCUCAGCAGAUCAACAUGAACACUGCCAAUUCAGGAGUAGGACAGCAGCACCAUGGUGGCAGUCAUGGGGCUCUCUUAACACACACUACAAUGAAUCCAAUUCAUGUCCACCAGAAUGCUGUCCAACAUAACUUUUCAAACCCUGUUGCUGUAGGAAACACAAACAAUAAUCACAUUUUAAAUAACACAAGUGUUGCCACUUAUUCUAUAAAUAAUAAUAGUAAUAAUAAUAAUGGAUUCAGUUCGGGUAAUGCCACAAAUGUUGCAACAUGUAAUGUGAAUGGUAAUUCUGGUGAAGGCAAUAAUAAUUUUAAUGGUGCAAGUGGUGCACAAAUGUUGGCACCUGGCAAUGUGACAGCUUGGACAUCGAGUGCAGGAAGCUUACAAGUGACACCAGUGCCUCCGCUCAGUAAUAGUGUUGUUGUUACAGGGCACAAUAAAUGGGGGAUACCAAACACAUCUCAACAGACGACCAAUAAGGUGCAAUCAGGAGGAGUCACUGUAACAACGAGCACUUUACCCCCCCGAGUUCCACCAAGAUCUGCCAAUAACAAUGCAAAUACAUCAGUUGUUGGAGUUAAUUACGGUUCGAAUCCCUUGAGCAUAACAGUUCCCAGCAAUGUGAUAUCUCGUCGGAACAACAACACAUCAAUAACACUUCUCAAUACAAACAAUGCAGCUAACCAGAGGAUGAGUGUUUUUGAACCAUUUCCUAUGCGUGAUACUGUUCAGCAUUUUUGUGAGAAGCACCUCGAUAAAAUCAAGGCUUAUAUGGAUAACAUGUCUUCCAGGAUACCUCCACCUGCUAAAUGUACAAUAGAAGGUCAGAUAAAAGAUUUUAGAUAGAGAAGAGCUAAGAAAUUAGCAAAAUUACACUUUACUUGUCAGACCAGAGGAGAACACUGUUUGUAUUCGAGAAUUUUUCACAUGCGGACAAGAAAUCCAAAGAUUUGGAUACAUUUGAUGUUUAUUGCUUUACAGGCCAGAUCAGAGAAUGCUUUGAGCAGUCGAGAUGCUUCGGUAAGCAGUCUUAAACAUUGUUGGGACACAUUGAAGUGCGAGAAUAAGACUUUUGUCACUUUGGUCACUAGUGCCUUUCCUUGUGCUAAGGAUCAAGAAAUCCUUCUAAAUGAACUCCGCCAAUCUGGUUUCUUCGACGUCUUCGAGCUCUCCAAACCAAAAAACAACACAUUAACUCGAGAAGACUUUGAUGGAGCCAAAAGCAAAACUUCCACACCUACUAACACCUCCAAUAAAAAUCAAAAAUCAUCCAAAGAUGAUCCAGAAUCGCCAUCAAAGAGUCAGGAGGAACUGGUCAAACCAGACGACGACGUUCAAUUACUACAGUGGGGCUGUUUUCUUUGCAAUCACCCUGAAAAGGCGGUUGGAUUUUUGAGAGGGAACACCCAGCCAGUAAUUGAAGGGAAAUUGAAGGAGAAGAAAGGAAAAUGGAGGCUUUUCAGGCGCUGGAGGACGAGAUACUUUACACUAUCUGGUGCUCAUCUGUCUUGCAAAGGAUCGAGCGGUGGAGAGAGUAUCGACAUCAACCAAAUCCGAUCAGUAAAAGUAUCCCGGGGAGGCGCCAGAAACAUCCCAAAGGCCUUUGAAAUUUUCACUGGAGACCAGACACUGAUUCUGAAACCGAAAGAUGGCAAAAAUGCAGAAGAGUGGGUUCAAUGUCUGAGCAUAGCUCUGGCUCAUUCUCAUGCUUUGGAUGGGGGCACUGUUUUGGGGCAGAAUCACCAGCUGCAGGUGAAGACAAACAGUCUGCCAGCUAGAGUUGUUGGAACAAAUGCAGGAGGUGGGAGCAGUAGUUUAGGAAGGUCGAUUGUAUAAUUAAAU